UAAUGUUUUUAUUUUUUUGUGUGGUUAGCUGAGUUCGUGAAGUUGGAUUUAUUAGAAAAUGAAAUUAAAAAACGCAACCAGAGUAAAAGGCAAAAGAGAUGUGGGAACCGAUGGAGCGAAGCAAAAAGUGUCGCAAAUGACAGUUUCACAACUCUCGAACGAUGUAAUAUGGGAUGUUGCUUCAAAAUACUGGUCACCAGAAAGUCAGGAGCAUAUGCCCUAUAACCCAGAUAUAAUAAGUGAUAUAUAUCGCGCUGAGAUUGUCGAACAUCCGAAUUCGACACGACGCAUUGUGAUGCUCGAAUUCAGUCAAUAUUUGGAAAGAUACUUGUGGCCAAAUUAUAAACGUGAAGGAGCAUCACACAGCCAUGUUAUGUCUAUUGUUUACAUGGUCAAUGAGAAAUUUCGUGAAAGAGUUGAGGUGUGGGGCACCUUUGAACAGCAACCCACUGAAUUCCCAGGCUUCUUUCGACAAAUUUUGGAAAAAUGUUUGGAUAAUUCGGGAAAAACACAGGUGCGAGAGAAAACCGCUUUGUUGGUUUUUCUUAACCACUGCUUCAAUAGCAUGGAAAUAGAACUAUGUAGAAAUCAGGUUAAGCGUUUGGUUUCGCUUUCAAUGUGGAUUUGUUUACAACCUAAACGUUUAGAGCAAGAACUACGCGAAACACCGGAAUGGAAACGCUAUUGGAAAAAGCUGCAGAAAAAAGAGAAAAACGAAAAGAAGCCAGAAGUUGAAUGGGAGCGACAUUUUCUACAGAAUUUAAUAAGACAAUUUCUAGUUGUUCUUGAAAAUUUACCUGCAGAUGGUCCCAUCGAGCCCAGUAUUAUACAAUAUUGCGAACGAUUUUUGGAGCUAAUGAUAGAUUUGGAGGCAUUGCUGCCAACAAGAAGAUUUUUCAAUACAGUGCUCGAUGACACACAUCUUUUGGUGCGAUCACAAAUUUGUAAUUUAGUUCAGCGUCCGGAAGGAAAAUUGUUUGGCCAGCUCUUGGACAUGCUAAAAUUCUACUCUCGUUUUGAAAUUAACGAUGUAACGGGCGACUCUUUAACAGACCAUGAUAUGACUCAAAUUCAUUACAAGAAAAUAACUUCGCUGCAGAGAGCAGCUUUUGCAAAAUUUCCCGAUUUAAAAUUGUUUGCCCUUUCGAAUGUGGCCAAUGUUGAUUCUCGUGAUUCUCUGGAACGUCAUUUUGGCAGUCUGGAUGCAAAAGCCCUAAAGCAAAUAGCGAGUUUUCUGAAUCUGGUGCCUGAUGCUCUGGAGUCACCUUUUGAAUGGCAUCGUUUGGAUGAGGAAUUCCUGAAGGAGUUAUUAAUCACACGUCAUGAGCGGCGAUGUUCUCAGCUUGAUGCUCUUAACGAAAUGCCUUUGUAUCCCACCGAGGAUAUUAUAUGGGAUGAGAAUGUUGUACCCACCGAAUAUUAUUCGGGCGAUGGCUGUUUGGCUUUGCCAAAACUGAAUCUUCAAUUUUUAACACUACAUGACUAUUUAUUGCGCAACUUUAAUCUCUUUCGCUUGGAGUCGACCUAUGAAAUUCGCCAGGACAUUGAGGAUGCUGUGAGUCGCAUGUUGCCAUGGCAAUCGGAGGAUGGUGGUGUUGUAUUUGGUGGUUGGGCUCGCAUGGCCCUGCCCAUAGCUUCGUUUGCGGUGGUUGAGGUGGCCAAGCCUCACAUAGGUGAAAAGAAACCUUCGAGGGUGCGAGCAGAUAUAUCGGUCACAUUGUCGGUGCGCAAAGAAAUCAAAGAGGAGUGGGAGAAUUUGCGAAAGCAUGAUGUUUGUUUUCUGAUCACUGUGAAACCAACAUCUGCAUAUGGUACAAAAUACAAUCCCCGUGAGCCUUUCAUUCCACAAGUUGGAUUAGUUUAUGUGCGAGGCUGCGAAGUUGAGGGAAUGUUGGAUGCCAAUGGCCGAGUCAUUGAAGAUGGGCCAGAUCCACGUCCCCAAUUGCCUGGAGAAAAUAGGACUUAUCGAGUGUGGUUGGAUUGCAAUCAGUAUCGUCUGGAUAUGGAUUCAUUGCAAGAUGGCGGAGACGAUGUCUAUGAAAGCUUCAACAUUCUCAUGAGGCGCAAACCCAAAGAGAAUAAUUUCAAAGCAGUUCUAGAGACCAUACGUCAUUUGAUGAACACAGAGUGCGUGGUACCCACAUGGCUGCAUGAUAUUCUACUGGGCUAUGGUGAUCCAAGUGCAGCACAUUAUUCAAAAAUGCCCAAUCAGGAACGAUCCUUAGACUUUAAUGACACUUUUCUAUCAUAUGACCAUGUGGUAAACAGUUUCCCCCACUACGAAUUGAAGUGUGAUAUUCCAGAAGAUAAACGUCUGCCACCAUUCCGUUUGGUUUUCGAGGAUGUUCCACCCAGCAAAGAAGCGAACAAUGCUGAAGAAGAUGACGAAGAGAUGUUUGAGCCGGUUAAAUGCAUCCGAGUCCAGACCUAUAAGAUACAAAAUCGUGGUCCUUAUUUGGAAAAUAAACCCAAACAGAAUUCCAUACGUUUUACGCCCACACAAAUUGAGGCUAUACGCGCCGGCAUGCAACCUGGUCUAACCGUUGUUGUGGGACCUCCCGGCACCGGUAAAACUGAUGUGGCUGUUCAAAUCAUUUCAAAUAUAUAUCACAAUCAUCCAAAUCAACGCACCCUAAUCGUUACCCAUUCCAAUCAGGCUCUAAAUCAACUUUUCGAAAAGAUCAUGGCUUUGGACAUCGAUGAGAGACAUUUGUUGCGCUUGGGUCAUGGCGAAGAAGCCUUAGAGACAGAGAAGGAUUUUAGCCGUUAUGGACGUGUCAACUAUGUUUUGGCUAAACGUUUGGAUCUUUUGAACCAAGUUCAGCAAUUGCAGGAAUCCUUGGGAGUAACUGGAGAUAAUGCUUAUACAUGCGAGACCUCGGGAUAUUUUUAUCUUUACAAUGUUAUGGCACGUUGGGAGAAGUUUCAAGGAGAGGCUCUAAACGUGUCAAAGACUCUGGCUGACAGCCCCCAAGCUUAUCGCAAAUUUUUCGAAGAUAAAUUCCCUUUUAAUAAAUUUUUUGCCGAUGCUCCCCAACCCUUAUUUAAGGGCGAGACAUUUGAUGACUACAUGGACAUUGCCAAAUCAUGUUUCCGAUAUAUUUCUCACAUUUUCACAGAGCUUGAAGAGUUUAGAGCCUUUGAACUAUUGCGAACUGGACUGGACCGCUCUAAGUAUUUGUUAGUCAAAGAGGCCAAAGUUAUUGCCAUGACUUGUACUCAUGCGGCAUUGAAGCGCAAGGAGCUGGUGAAUUUGGGUUUUCGUUAUGACAACGUCCUAAUGGAAGAAGCCGCUCAGAUACUGGAAAUAGAAACAUUCAUUCCGCUUUUGCUACAAAAUCCUAUGGAUGGAUUUAAUCGUUUAAAACGUUGGAUUAUGAUCGGGGAUCACCAUCAGUUGCCACCGGUUAUAAAAAAUAUGGCAUUCCAAAAAUAUUCGAAUAUGGAACAAAGUCUGUUUACACGACUUGUAAGGCUUGGGGUGCCAACAGUCGACUUGGAUGGCCAGGGUCGUGCUCGCUCCGAUAUUAGUGCGCUUUACAAGUGGCGUUACAAGAAACUCGAUGACCUUUCACACAUUGUGGAAAAUGAAGAAUACCAAAAAUCGAAUGCUGGCUUUUUACACGACUACCAAUUGGUCAAUGUGGAAGAUUUCAAUGGUGUUGGUGAAUCGGAACCCAAUCCCUAUUUUUAUCAAAAUCUAGCUGAAGCCGAAUACAUUGUGGCAGUGUACAUGUAUAUGCGUCUAAUAGGCUAUCCAUCGGAGAAGAUUUCUAUUUUGACUACAUACAAUGGGCAGAAGCAUUUGAUACGAGAUGUCAUCAAUGUUAGAUGCGGCAAUAAUCCGUUGAUUGGUUGGCCACACAAAAUCACCACCGUUGACAAAUAUCAGGGUCAGCAGAACGACUAUAUUCUAAUUUCUUUGGUGCGUACAAGAGCAGUGGGUCAUAUACGAGAUGUUAGACGUUUGGUUGUGGCCAUGAGUCGUGCCCGAUUGGGACUUUAUAUCUUUGGCAGGGUGGGCUUAUUCAAGAAUUGUUUGGAAUUGCAGCAGACUUUCAAAUUGUUAACCAGGCGGCCCCAAAAAUUGCAACUUGUAGAAAAUGAAUCUUAUCCCACGAGUCGCAAAGAGAGCAACGCUCUUGGGGAAAAUAUUAAGACAAUGGAGAAUAUGACACAAAUGGCUCAAUAUGUGUACGAGAUGUAUGUCAAAAAGUUGGAAACGUUGAAGGACCAGCUGCCCAAAGAAUCUGCAGAUAUUGAAAUGUAUGCCAACAUACCAACCGAAGCAGACGCGAUCAAUGAAGACAAGCAACAAGACCAAGAGGAAGAAGAAGAGGAAAAUGAAAUGGCAUCAAUGGAAGUAUAUGAACCACCUGCCAAAAAGUCUGCCAAGGAAACAGCAAAUAAGGACAAAAACAAACAAGAAGCGGCAGCAGCAAAAGCGUUUAAACCCACACCCAUUGUUAACGAAAUCGAUGUGGAUGAGGAAGAAGAGGAACAUGCCCAGGACUCCCAGACCAACGAUGAGAUUAAUAAUGAAUAAAACAAUAGACUUUUUUGAAACAUUGAAAAAAUGUGCAGAAAUUUUUCUUUUUCAAAAAAAUAUAAAACGAACCAGAAAAUUUUUAA